CAUCACCAGGUCUGCGUCAACAUGAAGUGCCUGAUUCUCCUUGCCGUCAUCGGACUAGCUGCGGCUGGCACACUCCAGGGUUACGGCCUGCCGGGGUCAGGAAGCGGAGGGUUCAGCCAUGGCCAUUCGGGAACAUUUAGCCAGGGGUCAAGCUUUGGUCAUGGAGGUACAUCGUUUGGACAGGGAAUUUCGUCGGGAAGUUCUUCCUUUGGACAGGGAAUUUCGUCGGGAAGUUCUUCCUUUGGACAGGGAAUUUCGUCGGGCAUUUCCUUUGGAACUUCAUCUGGAACGACCUUCGGCCAGGGUCCUCGUGAGAACCGUCGCGUGUUUCUGUACGACGUUCCUUCCAACGUCCAGUCAAGCGGACCUGUUAACAUCCCCGAACCUCGCGUGGAGACUAACGUCAUCUUGAUCCGCACGCCCGAAGGAGGCCUUGGGCCGCAACCCGUGGUCAUUCCUCCACCUAGGCAGCAGCACGUGGUGUACGUUCUGAACAAGCAGAGCAGCCAAGACCAGCGGGUGAUCGAGGUACCGUCUUCUGGCCCUUCGACCCCUGAGGUUUACUUCGUCAAUUACGCGGACGGAGAGAACCCAACUCUUCCAAGCGGGGUGGACCUCCAAACUGCUCUUCAGUCAGCAAGCCAAGGCGCAGGUCAAAGCAUCGGCUCAGUAAGCUCGACAGGCCAUUCCAGCUCUUCCAGCGGUAGUGAGUCCUUUGGGUCAGGAACUCAGGUGUUUGAUUCAGGCUCAUCCUUCGGUAGCCACGAUUCAGGCUCAUCCUUCGGUAGCCACGAUUCAGGCUCAUCCUUCGGUAGUCACGAUUCAGGCUCAUCCUUUGUUAGCCAGCCCUCUGGCUUGUACACACAGCCUUGAUUAUAAAUGGUGUCUUAUGUACUGUUCAGUUGAUUCUAUCAUAAAGUGUAUUUGAAUAAUGAUUUUUUUAAUCCAUUGAGUUUAUCCCCCAUUAUCAUACAUAUAAAAGUUAAUUUCAAAAUCAAAAUGAAUAAAUAUAGUUAUUAGAUUUU